AUGGAUUUCGGACGAGCACCCAGAGUGAGCCAGAUAGAUUCAGAUGAGCUAGACGAAGGUCUGGUAUCAAUGUUGGGAGAACGGGUGCAUCAAGGUCUUAACAACUUUAAAUCUAUCCAAGAUUGGGACUUAAAACCAGAAAUCGCUUUAGUGCUCAAACUCGUCAUAUUCCGAUAUGGUAUAUUCUCAGACUUCACUUCCCCGGGAUCCAAGCUACAAAACCUGCGACUUGCUUCAUCUUGCACCCGCACCGGUAAACCCACAAAACGGACGUUGCUGCUGUAUCUCUUGUUACACCCACCUAUAUUCCCUACUUAUCUCUUGACUCGUCUAAGACAAUACGCCUUGUCUAAAAGAUGGCCCGAUCGACCGUCUGAUGAUUGGAGGAGAAGGGCUUGGAGAAUGUUAGUAAGGGUAGAGAAUAUCGCUCGAGCCUGGGAACUUCUAGGCUGGGGUAUGUUCCUCUGGGACGGAAGAUAUCCAUCUUUACUCAUGCGAAUUCUGGGAUUGAGACUUGUUCCUUCCUCCCCACAUGUCACUCGUCUAGUCUCUUACGAAUUUAUGAACCGUCAGCUGGUUUGGGGUGCUUUAACGGAGUUCUUGAUGUUCUCUGUGCCACUUUUCCCCACUUUACCGACUUUUCUGACUCCUUCUACUCUCCUUCAACCUCUCAAGAACUUCCUCACUCAAGAAAUCUCGAUAGACUACACAUCUCUUCCUUCUGUCACUCCGCAAUCGAUCGAGCAAACUACGAAAGCCCAUUCGGGGGAAUAUGCAAAUUUACCUCUGUCGACUUGUCCACUAUGUUAUCGUCGUAUUCACUCCAAGCCCGCACCUAUCACAUCUAUGACCACAUCGAUUCAACUACCUCCAAUAUCCAUCGAUCAAGAGGAGGAGGAUGAAGAAACGAGGAUAUACGUACCUGCUCAAACGGAUUGCUGGGGCGAGUGUAAAUGGUGUUAUUAUUGUAUAGCAGAUGAACUUGUCCGACAUCGACACGAGCUCACAAAGCACCAGAGGUCAAGUAGAAAAGGAAGCGAAGAGGAUGAGAGUUGGAUUUGUCUUCGAUGCGGAGGAGCGGUCACAACGUCAAGGAGAGCAAUCCCGGAACUACAAUCUUUCAAUCGUGAGGAACAUGAGAGGGAAGAGGAAAUUCAGUAA